AUGCGGCAUAUGGGCUCCGUCGACUGCCGAUCGACCGCCAGCUGCCACUUACAAAUACUUCUACUGUCUCUGGCGGCGGUGGCGCAUGCGCAGUACCAUCAGUUUGGUGAGCAACUCCAGACGGCCCAUGGAUCUGACUGUGCACUUCUCUUGGGCGGCCCAGGUCGCUCCUCCGUCUACGACUACAAUGUGAAUCUAUUCCGCGGCACCUUAAACCCGUACAACAAUGGACCGGGCACUUGCAUCACCUACGAUGCCAUCAACGCGGCCUACUUGGAUGCACGCAAGCGUAUACAUGUGGCCCAGCCAAAGUCAGACUGGAAGCCGGAGGAACUGGCCACCGUGGGCGAACUGCUGCUCGACAUUUCCAUUCAAUUGGCCCGAACAUAUGGCUUAUCGUAUGAAGAAAUCGAAAAAGGAUUGCCCACGAUUGACACCUCGAAGACCCUGAUCCGUGAGGUGUGUCCACCCUUCUUCGCCGGAGUUGAGUGUCGCCCUGGAAAAUACCGGCGUUUCGAUGGCCUCUGCAACAACAUCGAGCACCCGACUUGGGGGGCAGCUAAUUCUCCAUUCCAGCGCCUGAUCGGUCCCCUUUACUCGGACGGAAUCAACGCUCCCAGGAUUUCGGUGACUGGUCGGGACUUGCCCUUCUCUCGAGUGGUUUCACGCACCAUGCAUCCCGACGACGGUUUCCACGAUCACGCGGGCACCGUUAUGGUCAUCGCCUGGGGUCAGUUCAUGGAUCACGACUUCACGCUGACGGGAACGCCGUUGGAUCCCAUAAACCGAAACGAUCCCGAGGAGUGCUGCAAGCGACCAUUGCAUCUAAAGCAUCCGUACUGCAACGAGAUUCGCAUUCCCGAUGACGAUUACUUCUACCGCCUGUUCAAUGUCAAGUGCAUCGAUUUCGUGCGUGGAUUCCCCUCCCCUCGUCCAGGCUGCAAAUUAGGAUCCCGUCAGCAGUUCAACACCUUGACCGGUGUCAUCGAUGCUAAUACCGUUUACGGAGUGAAGGAGUCAUUCGCCCGCAAACUGAGAACCGGCUACGGCGGCCUGAUGCGCAUGAAUCCCGUGUUCCAGGAGUACGGCCUGAAGGACCUGCUGCCCCUGAAGCUGGAUAUCCCCGAUGAGGGAUGCACGCGUCCCAACAAGAGCAUGUACUGCUUCGAGGGUGGCGAGAUUCGCGUUAAUGAGCAGCUGGUGCUCACCUGCAUGCACACCUUGAUGGCGCGGGAACACAAUCGAUUGGCCACUGGACUGGCGCAGAUCAAUAAGCACUGGGAUGAUGAGACCCUGUUCCAGGAGUCCAGACGCAUCAAUAUCGCCAUAGUGCAGCACGUCACCUUCAACGAAUUCCUGCCCAUUUUAUUGGGCAAGGAAGUGAUGGAGAAGUUCGGCCUGGUUCUCCAGAAAGAUGGCUACUGGGAUGGCUACGAUUCAACGGUGAAUCCCGGCAUCAUUGACUCAUUUGCGGGAGCGGCCUUCCGAUUUGGCCACUCGCUGCUGCCAACUGCCGUGGAACGCUGGUCCAAGGCCCACAAGUUCAUUGCCUCGAAACGUCUGUCGGAUUUGAUCAGGAGACCCUAUGAUCUCUACCGGGCUGGAGUGCUGGAUGAGUACUUCAUGGGUCUGAUGAACCAAGUGGCCCAGGCCAUGGACGACUCGAUAACCCAGGAGGUCACCAAUCAUCUGUUCAAGAAGGAGGGCGCCCGGUUCGGAAUGGAUCUGGUGUCCUUCAACAUGCAGCGCGGUCGGGAGUUCGGUAUUCCCGGUUACAUGGAGUUCCGGAAAUUCUGCGGUCUGCCCACCUCAAACACUUGGGAUGAGAUGUACGGAUCCAUGCCCAACGAGACUGUUUUGCGAUAUGGCAGCAUAUUUGAGCACCCUGCUGAUAUCGAUCUUUGGUCUGGAGGCGUUUCUGAAAAAUCACUUCCCGGUUCCAUGUUGGGACCGACUUUUGCCUGCGUCAUCGCCACCCAGAUGAGUUACUUGCGUCGUGGAGAUCGCUUCUGGUAUGAACUGCCCAACCAGCCGUCAUCAUUUUCUCCCGAGCAACUGCAGGAGAUUCGCAAGGCAAAGCUUUCCCGAUUGAUCUGCGACAACACCGACUUGAUUGAUACUGUGCAGAUUUACCCCAUGGUCUUGCCGGAUCAUGAAAUCAACCCUCGAGUGCCCUGCAAGAGCGGUAUCAUACCAUCAAUUGAUCUGACUAAAUGGGCGGACUUCGGCGGUCAUGGCGUAGAUCCCUCCCUCUAUAACUACAUCAAUGAAAUACCCGACACGCUGCUGAACUUUAGGAAGUAAAUGCCAUUUGUGUUUCUCGCGAUUUGUUCAACAAUCUCGAUUCAUUUUGUUUGACUCCAUAUCCUGUACCUUCUGUCUUCUAUAGUUCAAAAUCUUUUUCCUUCCUACUGCUUAGUCCCUCAACUAGUCUUUGCUCACCAUCCGCAUUUCUAUAGCGAGUCAGUAGUUUUGACACUGCCAUUUCUUCAGAGCUCUUUCCAGCAUUUCCGUGCAUGA